AUGCUGCCUACGAAACGUCUGAAAACGUCAUCCACCCAAUCAUCGACCAGUAGCAGCCGACCAACAACCAAUCAGAAACAACCACAACAGACGACAGCAACUGUCGGUUGCCAGUCACAAAAAGAUGUGAACGUCUCAUUGGAGGAUAAGUCUUUGUGGGAGGAGUUUCAUAAACUGACCAAUGAGAUGAUUGUUACUAAAAAUGGAAGGCGUAUGUUUCCAGUCUUGCGAGUGCAUAUAUCGGGCUUGGAGGCAAACAGUUUCUACAGCGUCUACCUGGAUUUUGUGAAGAUGAAUGGAGCUAGCAGAUGGAAGUUUAUGGCGUCAUUCCCGUCUCCAUCAUUUUCACUUCCGUUGUCGUCAUCUUCUUUUUCAUCAUCAUCACCGGUAUUAUCGUCACCACCAUCGUCGUCAUCAUCGUCACCACCAUCGUCGUCUUCGUCGUCAUCAUCUUCCUACCUUCAUCCCGAUUCGCCGAACUUCGGAAAGCAUUGGACCAAUCAGGUGGUGACCUUUUCAAAAGUCAAGGUCACCAACAAGGUCAACUGUUCCGGCGAUCAAGUUUUCUUGGAUUCACUACACAAAUACUUGCCAAGGGUCACAAUUGUGAAGAUAAUUUCCAACAAAUCAGAUGACGCUAGAUUUGUUGGGUCGUUCACAUUCGGCGAAACGUCUUUCAUUGCUGUCACAGCCUACCAAAAUGAAGAAAUAACAAACUUGAAAGUAAAAUACAAUCCAUUCGCCAAAGGAUUUCAGGAAAGGUUAAAUAUUAGUUAUAAUAAAAAUAAUAUUAACUAA